UCUCCCGCCCGGACCGGCCGCUCGGGGUGCGGGCCCUGUGACCGCGGCUCCGGCUGGCCCCCGCCCCGCCCUUCGCUGCCUUCCCGCUCGGGGCCAUGGCCUCCUCCGAAGUGUCGCGGCACCUGCUUUUUCAAACUCACAUGGCAGCGAAAACUUGUAUAUCCUCUCCAGUAUCUGAUGAUGAACAGGGAAAGAAAGAAAAUAUUCGUUCUUUAACUAUGUCUGGCCAUGUUGGUUUUGAGAGUUUGCCUGAUCAGCUGGUCAAUAGAUCCAUUCAGCAAGGCUUCUGUUUUAAUAUUCUCUGUGUCGGGGAAACUGGGAUUGGAAAAUCAACGCUGAUUGAUACAUUGUUUAACACUAAUUUCGAAGACCAUGAAUCCUCACAUUUUUACCCACACGUUAGACUUAAGGCUCAGACCUAUGAACUCCAGGAAAGUAACGUUCGAUUGAAGUUGACCAUUGUGAAUACAGUGGGCUUUGGGGACCAAAUAAACAAAGAAGAGAGCUAUCAACCAAUAGUCGACUACAUAGAUGCUCAGUUUGAGGCCUACCUCCAAGAAGAGCUGAAGAUUAAACGGUGUCUCUUUAACUACCAUGAUUCUCGCAUCCAUGUGUGCCUUUACUUCAUUUCGCCUACUGGCCACUCUCUGAAGACACUUGAUCUUUUGACAAUGAAAAAUCUUGACAGUAAGGUGAACAUUAUACCCGUGAUUGCCAAAGCAGAUGCAAUUUCUAAAACUGAAUUACAGAAGUUUAAGAUCAAGCUCAUGAGUGAAUUGGUUAGCAAUGGCGUCCAGAUAUACCAGUUCCCAACAGAUGAUGAAACUAUUGCUAAAAUCAAUUCUUCAAUGAAUGCACAUUUACCAUUUGCUGUUGUGGGAAGUAUGGAUGAGGUGAAAGUCGGAAAUAAGAUGGUCAAAGCUCGUCAGUAUCCUUGGGGUGUUGUACAAGUGGAAAAUGAAAACCAUUGUGACUUUGUAAAGCUCCGGGAAAUGCUGAUUUGUACAAAUAUGGAAGACCUGCGAGAACAGACGCACAGUCGACACUAUGAACUUUACAGGCGUUGCAAGCUGGAGGAAUUGGGCUUCAAAGAUGUCGGCCCAGAGAACAAGCCAGUCAGUCUUCAAGAGACUUACGAAGCCAAAAGACACGAAUUCUAUGGCGAACGUCAGAGGAAGGAAGAAGAAAUGAAGCAGACGUUUGUGCAGCGAGUAAAGGAGAAAGAAGCCAUAUUGAAAGAAGCUGAAAGAGAGCUCCAGGCCAAAUUUGAACACCUUAAAAGAGUUCACCACGAAGAGAGAGUGAAGCUUGAAGAAAAGAGAAGACUUUUGGAAGAAGAAAUGGCUGCUUUUUCUAAAAAGAAAGCUACCUGUGAAAUAUUCCAGAACCAGUCCUUUCUUGCAACCGGUAGCAAGAAAGACAAGGAUCGGAAGAAGGAACAAGGCUAUCGAUUGGAACUCCUGUGCUUUGAUGUCAGAGCUUGUGAACCGAUUGGUGGACGUAAAGGUGCAGAGGAAGGUAGAGGGGCUCCAGUACAGUGGGGCGGCCAUGAGUAGCGUUUGGACGAUAAU